GGGCGAACACCUGUUGACGAACUUGCCUGACGUAAACUGUAACAAUUCAAGAAAGUCGCGUGGAAGUAAGUAGUUUCAUUUCAGCAUCGUCUGCUGGAACAUACUGGACAACCUGUUCACUUGAUCAAGCACACUGCCACUCCAGCCGGAGAGCUUCCAAGUGGGCCGAUGACGACGACUGUCGCCACAAAUUUGCAGCUCUUCAAAACCCCAGCUCACUCAGGUGUCGAAAUUACACCUGCGCAAGCUGCGAUAUAGCGUCCCGCUACCAAGUGACACUGGAUGAGUUGUCACUUGUAUGCCCAGCCAUCGUUGACGCUUAUUCGUUUGAUCUGGAAGCUGGCCAGGAGCCUUGAUUGAUCAAACAACUGUCAAGGAACCGUCCGGAGCUGCCUAUAUUUGCUUCAGUGCUAUUGUCAAACUUGUCACUUCUUGGGUGCCAAUCUCCACAGCCCUUGCAGUCUGGAACUGUCACUGCCUCUUUGCUGAGCCCUCUCAUUCACUUCUUUGGGCAAGAAGCCAAGCCGAACAGCCCGUCUGGUGCGGGCCAAUACAUUCUUUUGCAUACAGUACAUAAAUCCCACACCCCGCACAACACUAGACUUGAUGCCUACGUCAAGAAUCCACAGCAUUCCUUUCACGGUCGUUUCCUUCGCCCUGAUAGUCGCCCUCUUCCUCGGCAUCACGACUAACCUGCUUUCUUUGGGCCCCUCGUACAAAGAAGGUGGUCUUGACACUCCACCACAAUCUUCUCCACCCUCUACACCACAGCCAAACACUGGCAAUAUGACCCAACGCACCGUAGCCUACUUUGUCAACUGGGCCAUCUACGGCCGGAAACACCGGCCGCAGGAACUACCAGCCGACAAGCUCACACACGUCCUGUAUGCCUUUGCCAACGUCAAGCCAGACUCGGGCGAGGUUUUUCUUACCGACACCUGGGCUGAUACCGACAUUCACUGGGAGGGCGACUCGUGGAACGACGAGGGAACCAACCUGUACGGUUGCCUAAAGCAGCUGAACCUCCUCAAGAAAGCCAACCGCAAUCUCAAGGUCCUUCUUUCCAUUGGUGGCUGGACCUACUCUUCCAACUUCAGGGCGCCCGCCUCGACACCGGAGGGUAGGUCGCACUUUGCCAGAACCGCCGUCGAGCUCGUCAGACAGCUCGGCUUCGACGGCAUCGAUAUCGACUGGGAGUACCCCCAGAAUCCACAGGAGGCCGCCGACCUGGUGGCCCUCCUGCAGGCCUGCCGCCAUGAGCUUGACGCCUACGCGCACUCGGUCGAUGGUGAAAACCCCUACCAUUUUGAGUUGACGGUUGCGUGCCCCGCUGGCGCGUCCAACUACGAAAAGAUGGAUAUCGCCGGCAUGGAUCCCCUGCUGGACUUUUGGAACCUGAUGGCCUACGACUAUGCCGGAUCUUGGGACCAAACCGCAGGUCACCAGGCGAACCUCUUCCCCAGCCACGGGAACCCGACAUCAACGCCAUUCAGCACCGACGCAGCCAUUGCACAUUACGCCAGCCAGGGCGUGGCGCUCGAUAAAAUCGUCAUGGGCAUGCCCAUCUACGGCCGCGCGUUUGAGAACACGGACGGGCCCGGAGCGCCGUUCCAGGGCGUCGGCCAGGGCACCUGGGAGCAGGGCGUGUACGACUUCAAGGCGCUGCCGCUCCCGGGUGCCGAGGAGCGAUUCGACGAGGAGGCCGGCGCGACGUACUCGUAUGACCCGGCAACCAGGCACAUGGUUACCUACGACACGGUGCCGCUGGCCAGGAGGAAGGCUGAGUUCAUCAGGGAGAGGGGUCUGGGUGGUGCUAUGUGGUGGGAGAGCAGCGCCGACAAGGAGGGAGACGAGAGCUUGAUUGGCAAUGUCGUCGAUGUUUUUGGUGGACCCGAGGGGUUGAAGCAUCAGGAGAACUGCCUCGCGUAUCCUCAGACAAAGUAUGACAACCUGAGGAACGGGUUUCCGAAUCACUAGACCUUGGAUAGUCCAAUGAAUCUUGCAGCAAUUGAGGAACUUGAGCAGAUUAUUGGUGCACAGGGUGUCGUGGGCACGUGCAUGGCACUUCACAAAGCUUCCACAAUCACAGCAGCAUGAAAAAAGUGUUCAUAUCUCAUCAAGAUCCCAAUCCGUAUUGAUUGCCAGUCAGAGCCCCAAUGAAGAAAAAGAGGCCUAUGCUACAAACGCCAGUAACGAAAGGGCGGCAGUCUGUGCCUGCCCCGAAGGUAUCCGUGCCCAUCCCAUUUUUUUCU